AGAAUUGAAUGCUUGCAGGACUUGGAUUGUUGAAACCAUUUACACAUAGGAAAUUACGACAAUACCCGUGAAUAUGUCAGCAAUUUGCUUUUAAGUGCAUCCACAUCCUUAUUGGUAAGCAAAAAUAAACAUUUUGGGCCAAGAGAGGGCCCACGAAAGUUGGAUGAGCCCAUAUAUCAGACACAUCAUAAGCUUAUAAAUCCACGUGUAGUUUGGCUUUGCAUGCCAGCUAUGCAAUCAGACACAACUAACGUUUUGGUCCCCACCAUCUACCAAGAUUAGGAUAAGGCUCGUUGCCUUUUUUAUUACUUUAAUAUUUUAAAAUCGUCAAAAAAAAUAUUAAAUUUAAUUGCAACGUUUAAAAUAGUAUUAUAAGCAGAUUCGAGUAUAUCCGUAACCCUCCUAUGCCAAAACCAUUGGCCAAUCUGACGUGGAAACUGCUGUCUCACCGAAAACAUGCCUAUUCUACUAUCACAAACCAACAAAAUAUUGCCACAUAGGCCAAGAACCCGGACUAUCAUGUUCGCCGCGGCCCGUUCGUCCAUCGGUUGCAGGUGGGUCCAACUCUUACUCAAAAACUUUAGUAUAAAAUAGCUGUCCCCGGAGGAUUCACUCAAAUCACGUGGUUCCCAAAUUCUAAAGGCCGGAGAGAGAUCAUGCCCGGAGUAGCGGCUAGACUUCCAGUGACUCCCUGGAGUUCCGACGACACUCUCAAAUUCUCCGGUGACUCGGAGAGUUUAGGUGAUAUGGUUUUCGGGUUUUUAGGGGAAGACUCGUCAGGGAGUUCGUGUAACUCCGGCGGCGGUUGGGUUCAUGGUGAAGAUUGCGGCGACGGUGCCGAUGGGGAAGAGGGGUUUGACAAUGUUGAGGGGAGUAAGGCGUUUUGGGAGGAACAAGACCAACUUGUUCAGGCAAUUUUGUGUAGGACGAGUUCUAUUGAGUCGAAAAUUAGGCGGGUGACGAAAGAGGCCCUUAGGGAAUUAAAAUCGAAAGAAACAUACUGUGUAUGCCGGCGACCGGUUGCCAGAGUAUGCCAAAAUUGUGCGGAAAAGGAAGUUUGGGGUCAGCUCCAAACCGCCGGUUACAAUAGUGCCAUCUGCAAGUCCAAGUGGAAGUCCUCUCCGGAUAUUCCAUCAGGCGAGCACUCGUAUAUGGAGGUGGUGGACAGGUCAAGUGCCAAGAAAGGAGAGGUGAGAGUGGUGAUUGAGUUGAAUUUUCGGGCGGAGUUCGAGAUGGCGAGGGCUAGCGCAGAAUAUAACCUGUUAGUCAGCCGGUUGCCGGAGGUAUUCGUCGGAAAAUCUGAGAGGCUAAAGGCCUUGAUCAAGAUACUAUGCCAUGCAGCCAAGAAAUGCAUGAAGGAGAAGAAAAUGCACAUGGGUCCAUGGAGAAAGCACAAAUACAUGCAAGCUAAGUGGUUUGGCACGUGCGAGAGGACAUCGCCGGCACCCAUGUUGCCUGUUGAUUUUCCCGGCCGUCUACCCAGGCAGAGGGUCUCCAUGCUUACCUUCGACCUGCUGGAGAAUUUGCCGGCGGCCGGUUUAAAUUUUAAGGCGGUGGAAGUUGUGUGAUGAGCAACAAAGUUUUGUCCCUCUAGUUUUGUAGUGUCUUGUGGGGUAACGCCACAUUAAAUGAGAGAAUAAAUGGAAUUUCCAUGAAUGAUAUCUUAA